AUGGUGCAGCUAUGUAUCAAGCUGGAAGUUAUCUACGAGUCUGAUGAACUGUUUUCAGAAAUAAAAAAGAUUCGCAAGAUCAUUCCACUAUCACUAUUGAUCAAUAUUCUGGAGGUACAACCUGAAGCUAAAUUUGAGCUUUUCCGAGUGACAAAUACAAUACAGAAAGAUACACCAACUGAGGAAAGUAUUGAUAUAACCUAUGCUCGCUUGAGAAAACACAGGGUAGUUCCAGAUGAAACAAAGAAAGUGGACUGGAGUCCUUAUUAUGGUAUCGUGCUAGAUCAGGAAGACCACGACAUAUGUUGGGCUAUAGUAGCAGCUGAAUUGGUCAGGGCUAUAAGAUGGAUUAGAAGACGUGAAAACGGAACGGCAUACUCAAUUCAAGAGCUUAUUGAUUUUGUGGAUCAAGAGAAAGCAAAAUUUGCCAAAAAGGGUCAUUUUUGCUAUACGCUAAGCAUCAUCAAAGCCUUGACAUACAUAGUCAAAAUGGGAAUCCAAAGGGAGGUAGAUCGACCAUUCGUUGGGUGUAGAGCAGAGAUAUAUCAAGGGCCCAUGUACAAGAGUUCAAGGUUUAUGGGCAUGCAUGCAGUAUCAGUGGCAAGAGCUGGAGUUGAUGAAAAAACUGGAGAAAGUUAUAUGGUGGUGAGAUCAUCUCAUGGCGAGAAAAUAGGGGUAAAAGGAAAGGAUGCACUUCAAGCUAGAAGUGUUGGCGUGCUGGUCUAA